AUGUCGACUCGCCUGACAGACGAAUUGACGGAAGGGUUGACAGAAAAAUUUUAAUAUUAAAUAAUGCUAAUAUGGCUUCUGGGGACACAUCCUUGUCAGCUUUGGAAGCUCUUAUGACUGAAUUUUUUAGUCAUAAUACAUCUAAUGAAAGAAAAAGACAAAUAGAACAAAUUCUAGAUAAUUUUAAAACUCAGCCUGAAUGCUGGAGGCAUUGUUUAAAUUUCCUUUCCAAUACAUCCAACCAGUUUGUUAUGAUGUACUGCUUAACUGUGAUAGAGCACAUCAUCAACCAAAUGUGGAUACGGAUGCCUGCUCCUGAUAAAGCUGAAUUGCGAACCACUCUACGAAUUUUCAUGACCUCCAAUCACCAGAAAGUUCCUACUUUCAUAUGUAAUAAAUUAGGAAAGCUUAUUGUAGACAUUGGUCGUUUGGAUUGGCCACAUUUUUAUCCAGACUUUUUUAUGAAUAUUCACCAGUUAGCUCAAGCACCUGAAACAGCUCCUCUGGGCUUGAUGUUAAUCCAAACUGCAUUUGAAGAAUUUACUAGCCCAAGGGAAGAUCUUGCUGUUACUCGUAAAGAAGAACUUCAUAGAUUGAUGUUGGAACAAGUUCCCAUUGUUUUAAACAUUCUUGCUGGUCAUUUGGAUGCUGUUUUGGAAAAACACAGUCAUCUAGUAACUGCAACUCCUCCCCCUUCUCCUACCCAUUAUCAAAACAACAGCCAGCAAACACUUUUCAGUACUUCUCCAUUACACACAGGUAGCCUCCUGAGUGGCAUGUUCAAAUCCAGUAGCAAGAAUCCCUUCCAGUGUAUGCCACCUCUUGACGAUGAAUCUCAUCAGCUAAGCGUGUUGUCUCUGAAAUGCUUGGCCCAACUGCUGAGCUGGAUCCCACUUUCAUCCUACAUUACGUCCUCCUUAUUAACCACGGUUUUUCAUUUUGCUAGUUUUGGCUGUCAUCCUGAACCUGUAAGCAUUGAUGUUAUGAAUGUUGGUAUGCAACAAGCUCAGACAUUAAGAAAAAACACUGAUUUGGGCAUUCAAGCUAUGGGCUGCAUCAAUGAAAUAAUGUCCAAACAUUGCAUUCCAGCUGACUAUGAAGGUUUCUUAUUGCAAGUCUUUCAAGAUACGUUUCAUCUGUUGCAAAAUUUGACAAAAGACAAUUCAAAAAAUGCAUCAAGUAGAAAUACAUUAGCUGAUAUUGAUGAUGUUUAUGUGGAAAAGUUUACAGAUUUCCUCAUGCUUUUUGUAACUCAUCAUCUAAAAAGAUUUGAAAGUAAUGAACAGUUUCCUAUAUUAGAAUUCUUAGCUUUAUUGUUCAAGUAUACAUUUCAACAGCCAAGCCAUGAUGGAUUUUACUCGUGCCUUGAGGUCUGGAAUGUAUUUUUGGAUUAUUUGAGUUACAAAUUGAAAAAUGAAAACAAUAACUAUGAAGUAACAUUAAACAAGUAUAAAGGUGUUUUAUUAGCUUUAGUUCAAGAAAUUUUUAGAAAAUUGCAAUUUCGUUACAAUCAAUCUAGUUUAGAAGAACUGGAUGAUGAAGAUUUAGAUGAUGAUUCUUUUACUGAAUGGCAAUCUUUUUUAUGCCAGUGUUUGGAAAUUGCAUCAAAAGUAUCUGAACUUCUCCCCCAUGAAAUUUUUCACUUGGUUUUUUCAGUAUUUGAAGAAAAUUUACGAAUCUAUUUUGAUCUGGAACAAUACAUGAAACCUCCUUCGAAUAGCAGCCCUGCUGAAUUGAAUGUGUGUGGGGAAAAUGAGUGUAGGCGCUUGCAUUGCAGUUUAAGGGAUCUGUCAUCUAUGCUUCAGGCAUUGGGGAGAAUGGUCAUAUACAUGAGUGGAGAACAUUUUGCCACCCGAAAAUUAGAUGCACAGAAAACUCUGGAGAAGUUAUGUCAUGCUGCUACUUAUAGUAAUCGUCACAAAUUUUAUGAAAUAAAAACAGCUGCUCCUCUGGUUCUGAAAGGAGAUUUCAUUGAAGUGCAUGCUCAAAUUCUUGCUACUUUGAAAGCCUUCUGCUAUUGGUUAACACAAUAUGUCAAAGAAACUAGGGAAGAAAAUUCAGAAAAUUCUAUUGAAAAGAUAAUUUCGGAAAUAGCAAUAGCUAAUAUAAAAAGAAAUGUUCCAGAGAAAGUAACUCAUAGUGCUGCUCAUCUUUUGAUAUCCCUCACAGCAACUGUAAGGCCAAUUAAUUUGUUUCAAUUCAUUCCAGUUCAAGAACUGUUAACAUUGAUAGGAAAAUUGGAAUUGAGGUUUCUACCAAUCGAGACCCAGAUUGUUGUUUACAGAUCUAUGUCAAAUGUCUUGGUAUUGCCUUGGCCCAAUGUAACAUCUGAUGCCCAGCAGAUGUGGCCCAUACGAUCUUCUCAACAUGAUCUUUUCAUACAAGCACUUUGUGAGCCACUGAGAUCAGCCUGUUCAAACCCCAAUUUUUUUCAAGAGAAAAUGUUGCAAGAACAUGCAAAAUCAAAUAUUUUAUGGGUUCUACAAGUGAUGUGUGGUCUAAUUGAAAACGUUUCUGAUGGUUCUACUAGAACAAAGCAAGUCUUUUAUAAGUCAUUACAGUCUACAAUCUCUUACAUUGAAUCCUUAUUCCACUUGUAUUUGCAAGAUUCUGUGAUAACUGAAAAUAUUUUGGAUUUUUAUCUAUGCCUCUUCUCAGCUUUCAGAAUACAAAUUGGCCAUCCUUUUGUACAAAAAACUAUACAAAAUUUUUUAACUCUGUUUUCAUCGAAUCAAGUUAUGGAAUUCACUUUAAAUGAAUGUUCAUCAGGUUGUAAAGUAAUUGAAAAGCUUCUGCAAUUAUUGCAACAAGUUGUACAAGAACCUAGUUCUCAAUUCAAAGCAUUCCUUCCCAGUACUAUAAAUUUGUGUUUGUGCCAAAUAUAUCCAUUAGUUGCAGAGAGACCAUCAUCAGAAGUGAAGCCUCCUUUAUUUGAGUUGCUCCAUAAAAUCCUUCUCCACAAUUAUCGAUACUUCUUCAAAGUGAAUGUAGUUAAUAGUCUUGGAGAGUCGGGAAAUGAGAAAAUAGAAAAUGAACAACAUUUCACGAAAAUAAUGGAAGCCUAUGGACAGUCCUUUUUACAGCCUGAUAUAGUUCUUUUUAAACAAAAUCUCAUCUCAUUAGAAACAUUAAACAACAAAUGGAAGUUGUAUUAUAAAGGUUAUUUCAAGAGUGUCAUGCUUUUUCAGUUUUUGAGUGUGCUUUUGAAAACUUUGAUUUACAAAACUCACAAUUUACUUCGAGACGAGAUUAUCAACACCAUCUACAAUAUGGCAUUAGUUGACUUCAAUAGCUUUUACACAGUAUUUUUGCCACAAUUUCUUCAGAAUAUGGAAAAUUUAGAUGCAAAUCAAAAAUCAGCAUUGCUGAGGAAUUUCAAACAUGAUACUGAUUUACACUCUUUUGCAGAGAGCAUUCAGCGAUUUGUAAGUGACCUCAGGUAUUAUUGCCUUUGUACAAACACAGCACUGUGAAAAGUUGUGAUCGCCUUUACGACUUUCAAACAAUUUCUGAAUAUUCUGUUUGAAGUCUGAUUUAGUCAUUUCUAAUCUGCACAAUGUUUCUUUCACCAUUGAUGUUGAAGUCAUUCAUAUAUCUCUAAUUUUUGUUUUAUAAGUUAUUUUUUAUGCAUUGCUUUAGUUGCUGUUCUGAUUUAACUUAUUUAGAAAUGCUUUGUUGUGUUUACUCAUAUAUAAAAACUUUAGUUUAAAAAUCAUAUUUGAUGUUCAUUUGUAUUCUUUUCAUUUGAUAUCAAAAAGGCCAUAUUGCAGACUGCUCAAGUAAUGAAUAGUUCAUUUCUAUUUCAAGCCAUAUCAUAGUUUAGUUCCAGUUCAUGCAUUUUGCCCUAAUGCCUUUCUAAACAUGUGAUGGAAUGAAAAAGUGAGUUUUUAAAAUAUUGACAGGCAUUUUGUUUUCUUUUUUGGAUAUUAAAGCAAUGUAAUUUAUUUGAUUUAGUAAUAACUAUUUCUAGUGCAAAAACCAUAAUCGUAUUUUGUUAUUCAAUGAAUUAUGCCUGGUGCAGCUUUUUGAGUUGCGUUAAUUUUGAUAAUUUUUCCUAUAUUCAUACAAUAAUAAACAAAAAAAAUCAUUGUUGAAUGUAUUACGAAAUGCAGUAUUUAAGGAUUGUUAUUUUUGUUAAAAUGGUUUAUAUAAAAAAUUAACUGAAUUCAAAUGUUUUUCUUUCUGAUGACUUACAAAAUUUCAUUUUUGGUACUAUAGUUGAUACUAUAUUCUGGAGCAUACCAUGCCAUAUAAUUAGACCACUAUAAUGUAACUCAUUAAUAUGUUUGAUUGUAUUUGAAAACAUAUAUAU